UGAUGGUUAGUAAUGAGCUGCAUUGAGGAUUAGUUUGUGCUAUACUAUUUUGCUUGUUUAUUAAGUUUAAAGAGACGCAGAGUGUCACCAAUGUCAUCGUACAUCGCUAAAGCUGCUUGUGUAAAGGAUCAUGUGCCUGGAUGGGACUUCCAACUAGGAAAUUUAUCCAUUUUUUGUGAAAUUACGUGUGUAUGAUCACUACGGAUUGUAUGUGAGCGAGUGCUAGCAUGCCCUUGUCGCGGACUAAGUCACUGAUCACUAAUGGAACUGCGAUAUCACCUAGCAAUGAGUCAUUUUUACCCCAGAUUUCUAGUAAAAAUGGAUCUAAUAUGUGUUUGGAGAAAAGCGAUUCUAUUUCUCGAUACAAGCAAGCUAGUAAAGUGUUUCAAAAUGGCGUCUCGGAUAACUCGGCGCAACUGCCUGAUGUGCGCCCGAACUCGAACGGCAGCAAUGAUCAGCUAAGCAACAAAAACUCCAAGCCGCAGAAAAGUCUUGGUGCCUCACCGCAACAGGUAAUGAAAUUAUAUAUGCACAAAUUGACGCCAUACGAGCACCAUGAAAUAUUUUCCUAUCCUCAAGUCUAUUUUAUAGGGGCCAAUGCAAAAAAGCGACUUGGCGUCAUAGGAGCCCCAAAUAACAGCGGGUACGAUGAUGAACAAGGUUCCUAUUUACAUACACCGCACGACCACAUUGCUUAUAGGUAUGAAAUGAUAAAAAUUAUUGGAAAAGGUAGCUUUGGUCAAGUAAUUAAAGCAUAUGAUCACAAGUGUCACCAAAAUGUUGCUCUCAAAAUUGUUAGAAAUGAAAAGAGGUUUCAUCGACAAGCUCAAGAAGAGAUCAGAAUUCUAGAUCAUUUAAGAAAGCAGGAUAAGGAUAAUACGAUGAACAUAGUUCACAUGUUGGAACAUUUCACAUUCCGCAAUCACAUGUGCAUAACAUUUGAACUGCUCAGUAUUAAUUUAUAUGAAUUGAUUAAAAAAAACAAAUUUCAAGGUUUUAACAUUCAACUUGUUCGGAAAUUUGCCCAUUCUUUGCUGCAGUGUUUAGAUGUAUUGUAUCGUAAUAAAGUUAUUCAUUGUGAUCUUAAACCAGAAAAUGUGUUGCUAAAACAAGCUGGUCGCAGUGGCAUCAAAGUGAUAGAUUUUGGAUCUAGUUGCUAUGAAAACCAACGAGUGUAUUCAUACAUACAGUCAAGAUUCUAUCGUGCUCCAGAAGUGAUUCUAGGUGGUAAAUAUGGAAUGGCAAUAGAUAUGUGGAGUUUGGGCUGUAUUUUAGCUGAACUCUUGACAGGAUAUCCAUUGCUACCUGGCGAAGAUGAAGCUGAUCAGCUGGCAUGCAUAGUUGAAUUAAUUGGCAUGCCGCCUCCGAAAUUGCUGGAGCAGUCAAAAAGAGCUAAAACCUUCAUAAGUUCGAAGGGCCAUCCAAGAUAUUGCACAUCUGCAACAAUGCCAGACGGUUCUGUAGUCCUGACUGGUGGAAGGUCACGGCGUGGAAAAAUGCGAGGACCUCCUGGUAGUAGAGAUUGGUCCACUGCAUUGAAAGGCUGUAAUGAUGUGCUAUUUAUUGACUUUUUAAAAGGUUGUUUAGAAUGGGAUCCAGCUCUUAGACUUACUCCACCUGCUGCUUUAAGACAUGCCUGGCUGCGCCGUCGUUUACCGAAAGCCCCUGAAAACUCAGAUGUUGAUAAUGCAGGGUCAAAAACAUUAUAUCAGAAUGGAGGUUCAACUCGAACCAGUAUUAUUGCUAAAAUGAACACCAUAGGUGGUACAAAAGCCCGAACGGUUGUUACAACUAUAGGAGAUGAUAUGAGUGCCACUUUAAAUUCUCAUAGUAAAUUGCCACAAAUUGGAAAUUCGGUUACUUGAUCUAGUUUUUAUGUAGGUGUGAAAGUUUAAAUAUCUAUUGGAAUAGUGAAUAUUUGAUCCUGUUCAUCUGUUAAAUUACUGCAGAGGCUUACCUGUUUUGACACAACAGCAGUCAAAGGCUACCUGCAUAGAGUAAGAGAUGCUUUCAUGUGAGAUUUAGUGAGGAAAAAUCUGGCUCAUAUGCAUUCCACUAGAGAACAACUGAAAGGCAAUAGCACUCUCUGCCACUGGAAUCUACUCACUAGAACACAACUACCGGCAUUCCUUCAUUUAAACUUGUAUGGUCAUUUCAUCAUAGUAGUUUUUUUUUUUAACUUUUAUUUUCCCCACCAUUCCUAAGCAUAGCUAAAAAAUCAGCCUGUAUACUAAAAGAGGGCUAAAGAAAGAAUAAGAAAGCAUAGAAUUAAAGCAGUCCUUUUUGACACCGACAGCAUCUUCUACCACCCGUGCCUUCAAAAUUUUGCCACUCCAAAUUUCUUCUUUGUGCACGCACUCUGACUGCACUCGUCCUGUACAGAAUAACAUUAAAAUCUCUACCCUGAUAGAUUUAAAUACAUUUUGUAGUUCUAAUCGGAUGCAAAAAGAUACUUAUGUGAUAAUGAAUGAAGGUAAAGAUAAACUAAGAUCUGAUAGUCUAUUUAAACCAACUCUGAAUGAAGCAUUUGAUUAUUCAGGUAUAUUUUUAAAUAAGAAAUUAAAUUUCUUUGUACUUGGAAAAGGCUUAAGUCAUCAAAUUUGUUAAAUUAUGCUUCAUUUAGAAGGCUUACAUAAAAAAAAAAAAAGGUAAUCUUUUAUGCUAUGCAAAAAUGAUUUUAGAAAUUUUUGUAUGUUAACUCCAUAAUUAAUGUUAAAUUCCCUCCUUCUUUUUAUCAGAAAAUUCAAAUUAAGCUCGACACAUACCACUUUAAAGUAGAAUUUGUCAAAAUUAGUAUUAGCAAAGAGUAUUAAUUUGAAUGAUAAAUUUUUAUAGUAAAUAUUUGCCAGGUUAACGCCUUCCCUAAUUUAAAAAUUUCAGAUGCUAAUACAUAGAUUACCUCAUUGUCGAAUGCUUGAAUUCAGAAAGUUGCAUGCAUGUAAAUAUGUUUUCAUAGGUAAUAAAUUAAACUUAAAAAUAUGAUUAUAAAAUGCUCAAAUUAUAUAUCUAGUAAAACUGGUCGUUACUUAUUAAACAUUUAUUGUCUUACAAUUACAGUUAUUUAGUAUGACUUUAUAUUAUCAAUAAAAAAUGAUUGUGCUAUUAUAGUGUGGUCUGCAUAUAUUGAAAUAUGUAUUUUUUUAUCAUGGAAGUUAAAAAUAUGUACUGUUUUAUCCGUAUAUCAUAAAUACAUGUAAAUGAUGCUAUUUCACAUCAUAUAAAAUUGCUGUAUUUAUCUUGAAAAAUAAAUUUAAAAAAAAGUUAAUAGUCCUCUAGUAACAAUAGGCAGAGUAUGGAUAUACAUAUGGAACAAUAGAUUCCAAAUUAAGUAAAUAAGUCUGUUUAUAUAUAUAGUUUUUCUUCGUUUAUGAUAUAAAGAAUUAAAAUAUUAUGGCAUAGAAUUUAUUUCUUGAGAAACACAUUAUUAUUUGUAUAAGUAGCAAUCUUCCAAAUUUACAAAUUUUGCUGUCUUGAAAUUAAUCUGUAUUUUCUUAUACUUGCAGUAAUAAAUAUUUUUUAUAAUUUGAUAAGUACACAUUAUAGUUGCAUACUAAAAAAUUAUAUUUUGAUGUCUUAAAAAUCGGUAUUAGUUUUUAAAUACAACACUCGUAAUCUUACAUAUUCUUUACUAUGCAUUUUUCAUUUGAAGGUAAAGUAUGUUUUGUAUUAUUCAGUUUCUGAUAUGUCUGUUUUGAAAUUGCUGCUAGUUCUGUGUAAUGAUUCAAAUGUGAUUAUAAAAGAAAUUUAAACAAAAUUCUCAGAGUUUAAUUGUUUAGUAUGUAGAUGCCAAAUUAUGAUUUAGGGAACUGUAAUAAAUGUUGUUAUUUAAAAUGUUAUUCUUGCAACAGGAGUGUGUAAAUCAUAAUAAUUUUUCUCCCCAGAAUGAUAGUAAAAUAAGCUAUGGCUUAAGGCCUCCACUUUCUUAGGGCCUCCCCAAAAAAAUUAAAAUAUAGUCUAACACUUAUAAAAGGCCCCAUAUCUCAAAUAGCUUAGGGCAGUAUCAAGUCUAAAUCUGGCUCUGCUUCUUUGGUUUAGCCAUGUUAUUAAUUUUUGUUGAGGCUAUAGAAUUUGCUAAUGUAUUAAAUUGCUCAUAUGUCAAAAAAGCAACUUUUUAAGAGAUGUAAAAAAUAAAAUAGAUUUAUAAAAGAUUUUAGCCCAUAUGGGAUAAAUUUACUCAUGCAUAUUCACUUUCCUGCCACAUGCAGAUUUUAUUAGAAGCUACAUAUCAUUACUUUAUAUUAAAUGUCUUAAUUUAAAAGGGGCAUCUUUUGACAUACAACAUAUUGCAGUAACAAUAAUGAUAUGCUCUAUAAAAAUGUAAUUGUGUUCUUAUAAUUAUUCAUACCACCCUGAGUCUGGUUACCAGAGCCUGGAGACGUAGUCACAGCAAUCUUUUAGUGGAACUUCUUACCUUGUAUUUCUGGGGGAAAAUCAGGAUUAUGAGGAGUUGCAGCCUGAUCUGGAAUUUCUAGGCUUGGGCCUUGUAGAUCUAGGUGGUAACCAGGCCCUGCUAGCCUUAUUAUUAAUCAGUUUUUGGCUGUCAUUCUGGGUGAUACAUAAAUAUUUAUGUAAGAAACAGGUAACAAGUUGCCUCUUUUUAUUCAUUAAUAUGUAAUCAAUGUUUUAGCCACACCUAAAAAGUUAAUGUUAAUGCAAAAUUAAAUUUAUGCCUUUGAUAAUCAUUAUUUAAUGAAUAUUUUGUAAAUGAAGGUAUAUAAUCAACAUGUGUUGCAGUAAUACUUAUAUUAAUGCCUUAAUACUUGUAUUUAAUUUACUGCAUUCCAAAAUUAAUUCUUAGACAACUCAAUGAUGAGUAUGAUUAUCCUUUUUAUGCCGUUUAAUCUUUUUAGUUUGCAAUUUAAUUUUAAGUCUGUUGUUUCCUUAUUGAAAUAAUGAAAUUACUAUACAAAUCUUUUGUUCAUUUAUUGCCCAAUGUUCAGUUGGGACAAUAAAAUAUUGUUAUCCAUAUUGGAUUAAUUUUUUAGCAAUAUAUAUUAUACCUGUAUUCUUUUUAAGUAAAAUAAGUGAUGAAUGAAAAACAAGCGUUAAUGUGUCUUAAAGAAGUGCCUAAUGUAGCAAAAAAAUAUUAUGCAUGACUGUAUACACUGAAUUGUUCAGUCAGUGAACAAAUUUUGUGUGUCCUCUUUUAAUGUUUGGUGUAGAUUUGAAACAAAGUCUUCUUUAUGAACUAAUGGUGUGUUUGCUUUUAAAACACAUCUUUGUGUAUAUGUUUAGCUAACUUAGAAAACAAAUUUUGUAUGUAAUAAAUUAUGAAAAAAAAUA